ACAGCGCCGGGGGAGAGGGGGGAAGAGACCCGCUCUCCGCCCCCCGCUAGCCCUCCCCCCCCCGCAGGCUGACAAAGGCAGCAGGGAGGGGUGGGGGGGGGGGGAGCAGGAGCUCUCCUCCGUCCAGCGAGCCAGCCCCCCCCGGCAGGAGCCCCUGGCUGCAGCUGUUCCCAGCUCCCCUCCUGGCCCAGGGGAGGGGCGGGGUGCGGGGUGCCGGGGUUUGCAUGCGCGCAGCUGGCGGGGAGCUGCAUUGCACGGGGGAGAUCUGUCGGGGGACCCCCCCCCCCGCCUGGGGUGCGUCUCUGCGCCCUGGCUCCCGGGCGCUGCUGGAUGCGUGGCCAGGAUGCCAGGCGGGUGUGAGGCAGGGACAGGUGUGAGGGGGAGAAGGAGGAGCGCCGCCCCUUAAAGGAAAGAGCCGCUCGGAGUUGCACGCUGCAGACCGCUCCAGCCUGGCUCCCGGGAGCCGCCGGCACGGUGUGAAGGGCGCCCGUCCCCCCCGGAGACCAUGACUCCGCCCUGUGCGCUGCUCCUCCUGCUGCUGCUGCUGGAGGGGGCGGCCGACGCCGCCUUCCCUGAAGAGCCCGGGCCCAUUAGCGUGGCCCCCGGAGACUAUGUGAAGCACUACUCGGUGUUCGUGGGCAGCGGGCUGAGCCGCUUCUCCAGCCUGGACGGCAGCGGGGCGGAGCGACUCAACAUCCAGCGCAUGUUGAAGGUCAACAGGACUCUGUACAUCGGCGACAGGGAUAACCUGUACCGGGUGAGCCUGGAGCCUGCCACAGCCAGCGAGAUGCGCUACCAGCGGAAAUUGACGUGGGGGUCGAACCCACACGACAUCAGCAUCUGCCGGAUGAAGGGGAAGCACGAGGCAGAGUGCCGGAACUUCGUCAAGGUGCUGCUGGUGAGGAACGAGAGCACGCUCUUCGUGUGUGGCACCAACGCCUUCAACCCCGUCUGCGCCAACUACAGCAUGGACACCUUGGAGCCCAUUGGAGACAGCAUCAGCGGCAUGGCCCGGUGCCCCUACGACCCCAAACAUGCCAAUGUCGCCCUCUUCACGGGCGGGAUGCUGUUCACGGCCACGGUGACGGAUUUCCUGGCAAUCGACACGGUGAUCUACCGGAGCCUGGGGGACAGCCCCACUCUGCGCACCGUCAAGCAUGACUCCAAGUGGUUCAAAGAGCCCUACUUUGUCCACGCUGUGGAGUGGAAGAGUCACGUCUAUUUCUUCUUCCGGGAGAUCGCCAUGGAGUUUAACUACCUGGAGAAGGUGGUGGUGUCCCGGGUGGCGCGGGUGUGUAAGAACGACAAGGGCGGCUCGCAGCGCGUGCUGGAGAAGCAGUGGACGUCCUUCCUCAAGGCCCGGCUGAACUGCUCCGUGCCAGGGGACUCGCACUUCUACUUCAACGUCAUCCAGUCGGUGACGGACAUCCUGUACCUGGACGGGCGGCCCGUGGUGCUGGCGGUCUUCUCCACGCCCUCCAACAGCAUCCCCGGCUCAGCCGUCUGCGCCUUCGACAUGGCACAGGUGGCGUCUGUCUUUGAGGGGCGCUUCCGGGAGCAGAAAUCCCCCGAGUCCAUCUGGACUCCCGUGCCGGAGGAGAUGGUGCCGAAGCCGCGGCCUGGGUGCUGCGCAGCCCCCGGCAUGCGCUAUAACUCCUCCAGCUCCUUCCCGGACGAGAUCCUCAACUUCGUGAAGACGCAUCCCCUGAUGGACGAGUCGGUGCCCUCCCUGGGCCACGCCCCGUGGAUCAUCCGCAGCAUGACUCGGUAUCAGCUCCGUAAAAUUGUGGUGGACAGUGCGGCAGGGCCCUGGGGCAACUGCACCGUGGUCUUCCUGGGCUCCAACACCGGCACCGUCCUCAAGUUCCUGAUCAACCCCAACAUCAGUGCCAGCCCCUCGGCCGUCAGCGCCGGGAGCCAGAGCCUGCUCCUGGAGGAGUUCGAGACCUACCACCCCGGCAGGUGCGGCCGAGACAACGAGGACGAAAGGAGGCUCUUGGGCAUGGAGCUGGACAAAGCCACGGGCUCCUUACUGCUGGCCUUCCCGCCGUGCGUGGUGAGGGUGCCCACUGCCCGAUGCCAGCAGCACUCGGGCUGCAUGAAGAACUGCCUCGGGAGCCGGGACCCCUACUGCGGCUGGACCCCCGAGGGCUCCUGCAUCUUCCUGGAAACCAGCACCAGGGCUGUGUUCGAACAGGACAUCGCCGGAGGCAGCACCUCGCACCUCGGGGAGUGUGAGGGGCUGAUAACCGAGAGCUUCGUGGAGGAGCCAGACGGGCUGGUCUCCGUGAAUCUGCUGGUGAUCUCCUCCGUGGCUGCCUUCGUCAUCGGGGCGGUGAUCUCCGGCUUCAGUGUGUGCUGGUUCAUCGGGCACCGGGACCGCAAGGAGCUGGCGCGCCGCAAGGACAAAGAGAACAUCCUGGCGCACAGCGAGUCGGUGGUGAGCGUCAGCCGGCUGGGCGAGCGCCGCGCCCGCGGGGGCCAGCCCGAGAACCUCCUGGCCCCGCUGAUGCAGAACGGCUGGCCCAAGGGGCUCCUCAAGGUGAGCCAGCACGACCUGGACUCGGGGGUCCUGCCCACCCCCGAGCAGACCCCCCUACAGCAGAAGCGCUGCCCCAGCAACCUCAAGAACUGCAGCUGGGAGCAGAGCCACAACCUCAUCAACGCCUCCAUCCGCGAGCCGCCCUGCGCGGGCUCCUCCGUCAUCCUGCUGCACUCCAGCCACGCCCAGGUGCCCCACCACCUCCGGGCCGGGCGCGUCAUCCCCAUCUGCCACUCCAUGCUCAUGGACCAAGAGCUGGAGGACGAGGCGAGCGACUCCUCCGUGGACAUGCACUACCUGCCGGCGAGCGGGGCGCGGGAGCGGGGCGAGGGGCCGAGGGGCCACCAGCAGCCGCCCCCUUCCCACCGGCCCAGCUUGGGCAGGAGCUCCUGCGGCGAGUUCCCCGUCACGCCGCACGACAGCCCGGACCGGCGCCGGGUGGUGUCGGCGCCGAGCGGGGAGGCCGGGGACGGCAGCCACUGGAACCCUGACAAGCUGAAUUUCAACAGCAACAACGCCGCCAGACAGGCGGCCGCCCACCUCAAGAGGAACCACACGUUCAACAGCGCGGAGAACCCGGGGGUGUACAGCCGGCCCGCCGGGCCCCCGCAGGCCCCCACGCUGGGCAGCCAGCACACCCUCACGGACCUCAGCCACCUCCUCAAGUACGGCAUCGAGCGGACUCCCUCGGUCAAAUAGGGGCCGGCCGGGGAGGGGGUGUGGUUUGCUUUUAGAGCCUCCUCUUCGGGGCGGGGUUUCAGCAGAGGGGGCGGAGCCUAGGGAGCCUCGCUCCCGUCCAGGGAGACACGCCCGAGACCCCAGGUGUCUCCAGCAAAUGACUGUAGGGGGCGCCGGAGAGGAGCCGGUUGUGGGGAGGAGGGGGGGGGGUCUCUGCGUUUGCUCUGGCAGCUGGUGCUUCCUCACUGGACUCUUCUCCGUGAACCUGCCCCACUCGCUCCUUCUUUUCGGUGGCACCUAGGCAGGAUUGGGGCCCCUCCAAGCAGGAUUUCGGCAUCGCCGUAGCUAUAACGAAGCAGCGCGAGGGGGUGGAAGGCAGCUGGCUGGACAAGGCCCCGGUGACCCUGGGCCCCCUGCCCCGCCCGGCUCGUCACCUCCUCGUUUUUGUACUGUAAAUGGUGGGGGGGGGGUGAGGUCUUCUUGCUCCUUGACACCCCCGGCGCCGAGCGGCCUCCCCCGGAUCUCAGAGUUCUCAGCUCCCCUCUGUUCCCCCCGCCUGACACGGCCAGUGCCCAAAGUCCCCCUCUGCCUCUCGCUGGGAGGGCGCAGGGCCUGGGUACCCCUGGCAAGGGCUGGGCCCGUUCCGCCACUUGCGGUGGGCAGCACCCCUUCUGCCCCAUGCUGGCAGGGAUGAGACGGGUGCAGCGCCCCCUCUGCCCUGCUCUGUCGGGGGGCAAGACCCCCUCUGUCUGUCCCAGGACAGGGCUUCUCUUGCGUGGUCAGGAAGGGCUGCGAAUCCGGCCGGUUGGCUUCCCACUGGGAUCUGGCGUGGUGCCAGUGGCCGCUCCACUGGUGGACCAGCAAAGAGAGGGGGGGACCCGCAGGAGUGUUUUCUUCCCGCCUGGCUGGGGCCGAUCUGUCCCGGCUCCCCGAUGGCUCGUCCGGCUGCCUCUCUGCAGACAGACCAGCACUUUACCCGUCACCCCUGCCGGGCAGAUGCCAGCGGAUGGCAUUGGGCUGACACUGCAGCAAGGGUACCGCUACGCUCCCCAAAACCGCCCAUCCUCCUUCCCUUUGGCAUUUCCUGAUACUGCCCUCCCCCCGCAGCUCCUCCGCAACCCUAACGAGGCGCCUCUGAACUGGCUGGUGAAACGGUUCCCGGCUGCCUCCCCACAGCCGCGCGGUGCCGCCGGUGGCUCCAUCGCCCCCGUGCCUUGAUGCAGUCGGUCACACGCCGCCCGAUUCCAGCAGGAGCUGACUGCGGGGAGAGGGGGCAGAGGAUUGGCACAACCGUAGCCUUGGGGAGUGGGGAUUCCCCCGGGUAGACAGGAAGCGGGGGUGUCUGUCUCUGCAACAAUAGGAAGCACAAUCUUUUUGUCCUUGUUUUAAGCCUGUUUGGGGGCUGGUUUUCUACCACCCGCGAGGCGGGAAGGGGCCCCGGGUGUGCGGCUUGCUCUGGGGCGGCUCGGAUUCCUUGGGGGCUUCCAGGAUCGGAUCUUGGCCUGUUUGUAUUUUUAUUUUAUUGCGGGAGGGGGGGCGGCCUUUCUUUUUCUUUCCUUUCCUCUGUCACGAAUUGCACAAUCCCUCCAGCGUGGAGGCGUCUCUCGGGCCAGGGAUCAGGAGCGUUUCCGGCUGUGGCAGGGCAGCGGGUGGGGCGUUGCCAGCAGAUCUCCGCCCAGGGUCCCCCACCUCCACCCACCCGCAGCCAGGCGGGGAAGGGGCUCUCCGGGAAGUCUGGCUCCUGCCCCCCUCUCACUAAAGCACAGAUUGGCGCCUAGCUGCUGGCUCCGAUCCCGGGCACGGGGAGCGCGCGAUAACGCGGGCACGCGUCGGCGUGUCUGUGUGCGCGCCUGGCGCUGCCCCCUGCGGGCACCCAGCCAGCCUUUCCGGGCCUGAGCUGCGAUUUGCCGGGGUGCCUCCAGCUCUCAUCUUCCCCGAGGUAUUGGGGCUGGUUCUCGUCUACACUCGCUCCUGGUGGUGGCUAAGCCGGUGGAGCAGCUCCCUGGGCGGUGGGGACCAGUGAAGAUUGCAGGGGAUGGGGCUGGUUCAGAUGGUCAACCCAAUGCUCAGCUGCUUCUCCCAGCCUCGCUGGGGGUGCAGAGUCACCAGGGGGUGGGGGAUUCACUUGCUCCCCAGGUACCCUGCACCCCACUCAGACCACAGAGCUGACAGGGACGGCUUCCCCCGCGGCAUUUCGGCACGUCCCGCCACAAGCACAAAAGCCACUGAAACGAGGUGCCCAGCCCCCUUGGGGCCACAGGCUCUGGCUGGGGGUGGGAGCCGGGUUCCUGUCCUCUCCGGGCCUGUUAGCUGGAGCACUGGGUCCAGGGGCAGAUCCUGCUGCUGGGUCCCCUCUGCCCACUGGGGCAGGCAGGGCCUGAGACCCAGAGCCCAGUGAAGAGGCUCUGCCUGGAGGCUGGACCCUCUGGCAGCGUGGGGCCAGGGCCAGGAAAGACACCUGAGGGAGGGGGUGACCGCCUGGGUGCUGGAGGGGGAGUGGAGGCAGGCAGCAGGAUGUGCCCGCUGGGCUGCGAGAGGUAAUCUGGAAGCAGCUGGCCCCCUUCCUCGAGCACAGAGCCGGCCUGCAGCCUGCCCCCAGCACGGCUCUCGCCUGGCACCGGCUUGGGGCUGGAGCUCCAGGCGAAUGGGGGCUGCUGGGGGCUGGGCGAAUCCGGCCACUUCCGUUAGGGGCCUGAAUGGGAGCUGAGCUCUUGUGACAAUCAGGCCAACAAGGCCUGCACCCCCGGGGGGGGCGGCGUAUCCCACGCCCAGGCCACAGCCCCGUGGGUGCGGUGUAUUCCACGCCCAGGCCGUGGCCCCGUGGGUGCGGUGUAUUCCACGCCCAGGCUGCGGCCCCG